AGUGGAAUUCCGCUUUUAUACUGAAUAAUUGUAUUUUACUCACGAUCAGAAGUUCUAGGCUUAGUUCCAUUAAAGUACCAUAGAUAUGACGACGCUUUUAGUCCACCAAAGCAAGACUCGGAAGAAGGCGUGUACGGCCUGCGUCAAAGCAAAACGGAGGUGCGAUUUGUUGUUACCAGUAUGCUCCAGAUGUGAUAUGAAGAAUUUGGGUUGUGUUUAUGUGAAUGAGGUAUCUUGGAUGAAAUCAACAAGGUCUUCUCAACGUGCUAAACCAACCACGGUUCCUGUGGAGAGCAGUACGACAGCACAGUCUGCACAGAUAUUUACUGAUUCGUAUGAGGCAUGUCUCGAUUCGUUGCCCUACGACACUAUACCACUCUUAGAUUACCAAGAUCAACAAUCUAACCUGGAUCUCACAUCGUGGAAUUCCACCAGCAACACCGCCCUUUCUUUUUCACCUGACAUAUUAUUUCCAAUCACCAAUCCACUUACAUCACUUAAUCCUCAGACUCUGUCUCCCUCUAUCGAUCCAUUCCCAUCACCUUACUCAUCUCUUCAAUUUCCUCCUCGCAACACCCUUAACCCCGCUCAAAUCACCUACAUCUCAACCCAACUAAAAUCAUUCGUAUCAUCCUUCGCACUGCACUCCCACAACUCCUUCAUCCAUCCAGUUUCAUUCCAUAAUCUUGGUAAACCCCUACCCACCCCAUAUGCCGACGCACUAUCUAUCUGUGCACUUCAUACCCUCGGCUCUCCUCAUGUCUUCUCGAUUCUCGACUCUAAUAUCUCAGAUCUUAUUUCAUCCAGUGAAAAAGGUUACUGGCGUUCAUCCGAAUGGCUGAUCGUAGUUCAAGUUUUGAAUUUAUAUCAAAUAAUCCGUCUCUGGUCUUCAAAUGAAAGACAAAAGAUAAACGCCGAAAGACAUAUACCAUUGCUAAUGCAAUGGACAAAUCAACUACAAAUGGAAUAUGUAGGAUUGUUAGCACAAGGUAUAGACACGCGACUUCCCACAGACGCUGCCUUUGGUAAAGAUAGCAAGCUACAAGAUCACGCAGAAAGAUGGGUCCUUCUGGAAAGUAUACGACGAGCCGUCAUGAUUAGUAUGAUUAUACAAUGCUUAUAUGGCGGGAUGAAGAAUGGGUAUAUAGGGGAAUUAUUACCUGUAUUAUUUCACCUACCAGUCGGUGUUGAUGCGGGUAAAACAUGGGAAAGUUUGGGUAGGCAAGUUCUCAACGAACAUCACACAUGGGAACAUCACUCUGACGAUGCAACAAACAUCGAGUAUGGAGAAAUCUACGCAUACAAAUAUUGGAGCGAGGGCUGGACGAUUGGGAUUGUGGGAGGAGGUGAAAUGGAACAGGAAAUUUAUGAGAGGAUGUUGUUGGUAGCUUGUGCUAGUACUAGAGCGAUUGAAAGAUGGGGAGGAGAUGUGGAGUCGGAACAUGGAGAGGUGGAAUUGCCGGUUGUGGGAAGCUUGGAGAUGGAUGUGUAGGUUUGAUGGAUUGAGGACUUUGGGGAAGUGGGAGGUUGCAUUUGGAGGUGUUUUAGAAUUAGCAUAGGCGUUAGGGUAAAUGCCGCGCUCUUUCGCUUGCAGGAUCGGCAGUCGCUACAUAUAGCACUGACAAUACGUCAACUUAUUAGAUAUUCCACUCAAUACGUAGAUUUUAUGAAUAUUU